AGGGUCAGGAUGAACCGAAGCUCUCGAGCUCUCUCGGGCAUUCUUAGUGGGGGAAAGUGGGGUUGAAGUCGGUACCUCGGUGCCCACAAUUUUUAGCUGCAUCCUGCAGCAACGCGUUGAACCUUCAACGCCAAAACCGAAAAAAAAACGCCAAAAUCCGCGUCUCCCCACCAAUCUCCCUGGUUGCAUACCGCUUCGUUUGUGACGAUCGCCGUCGCUGCCGCCAUCCGUUCACCUCAACUUCCGUCCCAUGCCAAGCCAUCGACGAGUGUUUUAAUUGUCGAGCUCGGAACAUUAGAAAAUGCACCAUGGGAAAUGAAUCUAGCAGACCCGAGCAGCCUGAUGGCAGGUCCCGAUCGCUAUCCCCACUUCCGCGCGACGAUCAACUGUCUCUCGAUAACGUCGACGACUGGCCGCACCCUCCAUCGACAAUGCCUGCAUCGUUCAAAGCCGGCGAUGAAGGUUCGGGCCCUCCGGGCGCACGCGGUUCGCUCGCUUGGCGUCGGCGACGACGACGAUCCCGUGGUCUUUCUCCCGAGUCAACUCGCGCUCCAUCUCCUUCUUCACCUCCCCAAGACCGAAUCGUAAACGCCAGCCAACCAGUCCGAUCGGCCCGCGCGGCGUCUCCAGAACACCCUCCCCGACCGGCAACGCAACCCACGCCGUCAACUCGCAAGCGCGUCCGGGAGACGUACUUUGAGAAAAAACGGAAGGCGGAGCUCAAGGAGGCCGCGGCGGCUGCACACAUCAUAAUUGACAAGAGAGAAGCCGAACUUGAAGAUUUAAAGAAGCGCACGCGCCGCUCUAUCGCGCCCUCCCCCUUCCCUCUAGAAGAUGCAGAGCAGUCACUCGAUGAGUCUGCGUCGGCAAGUGAUGCGGAGGAAGCCGCACCUUCAGAGAGACCCUCGUCAUCGAAGCAGGCCGGGUCCACCAAAAAGGACAAGGGAAACGGCAAAGAUGCUAUCCGAGAUGCCAUUCGAGAAGAAGAUACAGCCAUUGCUGACCGUUCAAUCCCCGAUGACGAACCCCCGCCGAGUACACAACCACGAGGAAAGCGGGGCCGGCGCGACAGCAAUUCCAAAUCGCGUAAAAAGCAGAAGUCACGGUCGUCGAGCCUGGGCUUGGAUGAGAUGGAGGCAGGGGAGGCGAGCAAUGAGCUUCUCGGCCAAUCAGCAUCGAACUAUCCCGAGGUGGGCGCUCGGCCCGACAAUACCCCUGCGAGCGAAGAUUACGAAAGUGGAUAUACAGGAACGACGACGCACUCACAGUCUGCCGUGCUCAACGAACACCUAUCCGACGACGGUGCAUCUCCCGAACCAUCAAGAGCAUCAGCAAUCGGCUCCCAGCGUUCUCAUUCCGACUCUGGAUACGGCGAAGCUGAUGGGCAAGGGCCGUUGAUGUUGAAGCCUGGUAUGGGCAUGGACAACACGAAUGGCUCACCUCGUUCCGGGGACGACCAGCAUUCUACGGCCGAUGGCGGAGCAAGCGAAGAUGGCGAUGACGGAAUGUCUGUGAUGUCCGAGCCCCAGCAUUCACCUGUUGCGUCCGACUCAGACAACUACGACGGCGCAAGCGCUUCUUCAUCGCACAACUCGGAAGGUCCACCUGUUGCGUCCGACUCAGACGAUGACGAUGAAGCGAACACUCCUUCGCUGCACGACCCGGAAGAUUCACCCGCUGCGUCCGACCCGGAUAACCCCGGAAACACAAGCGCUCCUUCACCGCACAACCCCGAGUCGGCCUCUACACGUCUCGACUCGUCGGUCAAGAGUUCACGUCAUAGCGCCAAGAGGCAAGCGAAACUGCCCUUUUUCCCUCGCCAAGAAGAAGAAAACGUGCAGGCGUUUGCUGAACUUCCACACGAGGAUGCCACAUCCCCUCCCCAGCUAAGGCGUUCAAAAAGAACCCGGCAACCUCGCCCAAUUGAGGCUGACGCUGCCGCCGAGGAUUCAGAAGAGGAGCCCAGCACGGGAAAAUCCCAGUACCGAUCCGGUCCUUUCUCCCCCGCGGAGCGGGAUCGGAUUACUAGAGCGGUUGAGCGUUUCCGGGAAGACGAGGAUUUGACGCAGGAAGAAAUCAACCAAGUGAUCCAUGACAACCCCCAGGCAAGUGGCCGGCCGAUUCACCGUCAGCUAUGGGCCACGAUUCAGGAUGCCUGCCCGUUGCGCCCUCGGAGGAAGCUUAUCAGUUGGUGCAGGCAACACUUUCACAACUGGGCCGGGCGGGGCGCCUGGACGCAAGCACAGGACGACGAGUUGGCGGAUUUGAUAGAGAAGCAUGGGAAGAAGUGGAGUCAUAUCGCAGGACUCAUCAACCGCUACUCAGGGGAUGUACGAGACCGGUGGAGGAAUUACUUGGUUUGUCGCGAGACUGUCAAGACUGAUAUAUGGUCCGAGGGCGAAGAAGAACGGUUCCGCGAACUAGUGGAGAAUUCUAUCGACAAGAUCCGCCAGAGAAUCGGAGAGGAUAGCAGAAAGCCUCCCGAGGAGCUCCUCAACUGGCUCAGUAUCAGCGAAGCAAUGGGUCACACCAGGUCUCGGCUACAGUGCAUCCAGAAAUGGAAAAGGAUAUGCGAAUCUCAGCCACUAGCCGACAUUGUCCCCACGGUACUGCCCUCGGGUAAUUCGUGGCGGCUGGAAAAAGCUCGCGACGAGUUGCAAAGGAUCACAACAAGCGACAAAUACCGUUUGAUGUGUACGGUUCGCGACUCGGGUGUUGGAACAGACACGAAGAUCAACUGGAAACAAAUUGUCAACGGCACGUUUCACAAACGGUAUGAGCGCCAAACUCUUGUGGUCACAUGGGGACGGCUCCGGACGGCUGUGCCUGAUUGGGAAUGGAUGACGACCCGCGAUUGUGCUCGGUACCUCUGCGAAAUGUACGAGAGGGAGGGUAACUUUGGUUCUGCCGAAGACCCCGGAGUCGAGAACGACGCGCCUGUCUCUACCAAGAAAGGAAGGAAAGGCAAAAAGACUCAUCGAUUAGUAUCGGCAGACGAUUUGGCUUCGGGGUCACAGGACCAACUCCGGGCCGGCUCGGAGCCAACCAGCGAUACACAGUUAUCACCUGUGGCGGACGAGGAGAACAACUUUGCGUCUGCGGAAUCCCGUCGAAAAAGCGACAAGAAGCGGCGCAAGGCAAAGAGUGACACCACACAGUCUCAAGCUGCAGCCGAGACUGCAGAUGAAGACGUUGAGAUGGAGGAUUCGAUGCAUGCAGAGUCGCACGCCAAAUCCGCCAAGACUAGGCCGCCCUAUGGCGAGAAGGAGCAAAGCCCCGAACUCGACACCGUUGCCCGGGAGUCGUCGUCGCCUAGCGUGGAAGCUCAGGCCUCUCGAACGAGAAGACGGGAGAGGAGAGAAAGCACGGCAGAGGAAACAGGUGCCAAGGAAAAGGGGAAGGAAUCUUCAUCGCCCAAGGCCGCGAGUUCCAAGGUUGCGAAGAGGGCGCGUCGCGAAUCCUUGCAGAAUGGUGACGCGGAGGACCUCAGAUCUAAGAAGCGGAAGACGACGAGCCUGUGGUCGAAGUCCAAAGCUAAUGGCGCGUCGCAGAGCAACGGAAAGUCUUCGAGUGUUGUCAGUAGCGAUAUGGAGGACAUGGAGGAUAUACCCGCGACAUUGCCCUGGUCAGGUAGCGCAUGAGCUGGGAUUGCGUUUGCCUGUGUAUCAUGAGUAUCAGUAAGAGGGUGAGAGGGGGGGUGGUAUUAACGAGUAUGAGUAUAUGGGGCGCGAUGAACUGACGUGGCUGCGAGUGGUAUCCCCGUUUAGCCACCCACUUGCCUUGCUUUAGCUGUUAAAUAUCCUGAAUUGACCAAUAAUUUCUCGGACAAAU